AUGUCCCUCGGAAACGAUCUGCAGACCAAGAUGGCGUCGCACGUGCACUCGCACGGUACACAUGUCCUGACGAACCGCUACCUGAACCGUGGCACCGCCUUCACGACAGAGCAGCGUAAGAAGCUUGGCAUCCUUGGUGCCCUGCCGCCCACCGUUGAGACCCUCGAGAUGCAGAUUGAGCGUGCCUGGACGCAGCUGUGCCGCUAUGACAAGCCCAUCAAUCGUUACCACCAUCUGGUCAGCAUCCAUGCCACGAACACAACGCUCUAUUAUGCCCUCGUGCUCGCCCACAUCGAGGACCUGCUCCCCAUCAUCUACACGCCGACCGUCGGUGAGGCCUGCCAGAACUUCAGCAACUACUGGGUGCGUGAGCGCGGCAUGUAUUUGAGCAAGUACCUCAAGAGUCACUUCUCUGAGGUGAUGAAAGAGUCCCUGUACGACAACGUCGACGUCAUCGUGAUCACUGAUGGCUCCCGCAUUCUCGGACUGGGCGACCUCGGCGCCAACGGCAUCGGCAUCAGCAUCGGCAAGUGCUCCCUGUACGUCGCCGGCGCCGGCCUGCAUCCGAGCCGCGUGCUACCGGUCGUCAUGGACGUUGGCACAAACACGGAGCGGUAUCUGAACGAUCCCGAGUACCUCGGCACCCGCGAGAAGCGCCUCGAUGACGAUCUGUUCUACAGCCUGCUGGAUGAGUUUAUGGAAGCUGUGAAGGAGACCUGGCCCUCCGCUGUCGUGCAGUUCGAGGACUUCAGCAACAACCACUGCUUCGACAUGCUGGAGCGCUACCAAAAGAAGUACCGCUGCUUCAACGACGACAUCCAGGGCACCGGCGCCGUCAUCGCUGCUGGCUUCCUGAACGCUGUCAAGAAGUCCGGGCUUGGCCCGCUGGAACAGCGCAUCGUCGUCUUCGGCGCCGGCUCCGCUGCCGUCGGUGUGGCGAAAAACAUCGCUCAGCUGGCCUCUCGCAUGUACAACGUGGACAUUGCUGAGGUUCUGAAGACGUUCUACCUGGUCGACACGAAGGGCUUGGUGAGUGACACCCGCGGUGACAAGCUGGCGGCUCACAAGGCACUGCUGUCGCGCAAGGACAUCUCGGCCGAGGACAGCCAGAACCUGAAGUCGCUCGAGGACGUGGUGCAGUUCGUGAAGCCGACAGCCCUCCUUGGCCUGGGCGGGGUCGGUCCUGUGUUCACGGAGGCGAUAGUGAAGAGCGUCGCCGCCAACGCUGCCCGCCCGAUCAUCUUUCCACUGUCGAACCCCACGAGCAAGGCGGAGGUUAUGCCAGAUGAUGCGUACCGCUGGACCAACGGUGCAGCUAUCAUCGCCUCCGGCAGCCCCUUUCCGCCCUCGACUAUCAACGGCAAGACCAUCAAGCCGUCGCAGGGCAACAACCUGUACGUCUUCCCAGGCGUCGGCCUUGGCUGCGCGCUGGUCCAGCCGUCCUACAUCUCGGACGACCUCCUUGUGGCUGCCUCGGCGUGCCUGAACCUGCUCACGACGCCCGAGCAGAUGGAGGCGGAGCAGCUGUACCCGCCGCUGGGUGACAUCCAUAACAUCUCUGCCCACAUCGCCACCGAGGUUAUCAUGGAGGCUCAGCGCCUCGGGAUCGACGGAAACAAGGACCUGCCGCGGGAGAAGGAUGCUAUUCUGGCGGUCAUAAAAACAUCUCAGUGGGUGCCGCACUACCCGGCAGAGCUGGACGCCAGCCUCCUGUGA